GAGGCGGAGCGGUGAUCCUCGCACCACAGCAGCAGCAUCCGCCACAACAAACCUUUACUGAGGCUGUGCGAUAAAGUGUGUCUUAUCUCUCGGCCACAUGGAAUAAAGUCACCGAGGGAGAGAAAAAAAUGACUUGCAUGAAUCAAACUAUCUCCAAAAGAAGUCUGCGGGUGCUCUCUGCAGCUGCCACCUUGUCUCAAAGAUGUUUGCUCACAAAACAAGUGAGACAAAAGUCCAACGGGCUGCCAAUUGUUCAUCACGGCGAGUAUGUGUGCGAGCUGCCGGCGAACCACAGGUUCCCUAUGGCCAAGUUUCCACGAGUGUUGCACUUUUUAAUCAAGGACCAAGUCAUUAACGACGAACAGGUGUGGACGCCUGAAAUGGCCUCCGUGGACUUGCUGCGUGGCGUCCACACAGACGACCUGGAAAAGUUCAUAAACGGCAAGGUCUGCGAGCGGGACCAAAGGAGGACGGGAUUCCCUUGGAGUGAAGGCAUUGUGAGGCGCUGUCGAUACGAAACAGGUGGCACCGUGCUGGCGGCCCAGCUGGCUCUGCAGCGAGGUCUGGCCUGCAGCACGGGCGGCGGGACCCAUCACGCCUUUCCCAGCUACGGCUCUGGGUUCUGUCUACUCAACGACCUGGCGGUGGCAGCACGGCACCUGGCGAGCGGCCCCUCGCGAAAGAAGAAGGUUCUCAUUGUGGAUCUGGACGUGCAUCAGGGUGACGGCACCGCUUUCAUCUUCCAGGACGAGCCAUGUGUCUUCACCUUCUCGGUGCAUUGUGGCAAAAACUUUCCUCUCCGCAAACAACACGGUGACCUCGAUGUCAGCGUUGAGGAUGGCCUGGAGGACAAGGAGUAUCUCGCCACAGUGGAGGCUCACCUUCCUUGGUUGCUGGAGUCUUUCCGGCCAGAUCUGGUGCUGUACGACGCCGGCGUGGACCCUCACUGCGAAGAUGAACUGGGAAGACUCCACCUGACUGACCGAGGGCUAUAUGAGCGGGAUCUGUACGUGAUGAAGACAGUGCUGAGCAGAGGCAUCCCCAUGGCAGCCGUCAUCGGGGGAGGGUACUCGCCAGACAUCGACAAGCUGGCCCUCAGACACUCCAUUGUCCACCGAGCGGCGACUCAGAUUUGGAGGGAGCGCGGGAUGUAAAUCUUGAGCACUAAAAAUGGAUCGUCAGCAUUUAGGAUUUAUCCGGUCUUACAGUUUAUACAGGUUUGAAUAAUAUAGCCUAUAUUAUUCAUACCCUGGCCAAAUUGUGAGUUGAAGUGACUAUAAUAUAUGUUGAAUGGAUAUAUUUUAAAUGGAAAUGGCACGAGAAAAUGCCAAGACUUGGUUGGGCCGUGCCAGCAACCUGAGGGUUCCUGGUUCAAUCCCCAGCUUCUACCAUCCUAGUCACGUCCGUUGUGUCCUUGAGCAAGACACUUCACCUUUGCUCUUGAUGGGUCGUGGUUAGCACCUUGCAUGGCAGCUCCCGCCAUCAGUGUGUGAAUGUGGAAAUAGUGUCAAAGCGCUUUGAGUACCUUAAAGGUAGAAAAGCGCUAUACAAGUAUUACCCAUUCAUCAUAAGAUAAAUUAAUAAAGAAUGCAACUUUCUACAUUUUGACAAAAAAACGUUAUGCACGUUUAAUAUUUUCAACAACUUCUUACACACUUGCCACUUUCUCGUGUUGUUUGCACAUAGCACACCUACGUUAUAAUUAGAGGGGUGUCCCAAUAGAUUUUCAUUCCCUUUAGAUACCGAUAUUAAAGCCUUGAGUGUUGACUGAUACAGAUGUUGAUCGGAUCAGCACGAAUCAUACAUACUUUCGUUUCGUAGUGUGGACUGUUAGAAAAGGUUUGAUCUAGUGAAGUUAGUCAAAUAGAGAACAAUGGUAGGUAUGAAAUGAUUUAACCUAUGUAUUUUGUCUUUAAAUUGAAGUGGAUUGGUAAUUUGUUUUUUUGGGGAGACGGAGUGGCCAAAAUAAUUCAGUAAGUUAAGCUUGGGGCGGUAUAGCUCGGUUGGUAGAGUGGCCGUACCAGUAACUUGAGGGUUGCAGGUUCGAUCCCCGUUUCCGCCAUCCUAGUCACUGCCGUUGUGUCCUUGGGCAAGACACUUUACCCACCUGCUCCCAGUGCCACCCACACAGGUUUAAAUGUAACUUAGAUAUUGGGUUUCACUAUGUAAAGUGCUUUGAGUCACUAGAGAAAAGCGCUAUAUAAAUAUAAUUCACCUCACAAUUCACUUCACUCAUGACAGUAAAUUGAAUGAUGUGGGCAGAUUUGGUACUGGAUACUUUUUAAUAACUUCUGCCUUGUAGACUGUAUGUGUAAGUAAUAUGCAACUAUAUUUAAUACUUGUUUAUAUUGACAAAUGUGUUUUUGACUGCAAUAUUGUUCAAAUACGUAUGUCUAGCUUAUGUGCAAUUGUGUGUUAAGUUAUGUAGCUGCUAGCUCCUAGUAGUCUAUGGUCUACUAUGUUUAUCUAAAGUCGAAGAAAAGACCAACCAUAUGUGCUUAUUGGAGGACAUUUAAAUGUUAAUUGACUGUCCAGCACAAGUAAAGACGCCUCAAGACUGCUUGUUUAUUUGUUUAUAAUUUAUUUUACACGCAAGCCAUAAUCAUCCAGUACCGUAUUUUUCGGAGUAUAAGUCGCUCCGGAGUAUAAGUCGCACCGGCCGAAAAUGCAUAAUAAAGAAGGAAAAAAACAUAUAUAAGUCGCACUGGAGUAUAAGUCGCAUUUUUUGGGGAAAUUAUUUGAUAAAUCCCAACACCAAGAAUAGACAUUUGAAAGGCAAUUUAAAAUAAAUAAAGAAUAGUGAACAACAGGCUGAAUAAGUGUACAUUAUAUGAGGCAUAAAUAACCAACUGAGAACGUGCCUGGUAUGUUAACGUAACAUAUUAUGGUAAGAGUCAUUCAAAUAACUAUAACAUAUAGAACAUGCUAUACGUUUACCAAACAAUCUGUCACUCCUAAUCGCUAAAUCCCAUGA